CUAUGUGAAAUGGGGUUAUGUUAUGUUUCUCAUUUAUUGUUGUUGUUGGGAUCGUGUUCUUUGCGAGUUCUUUUAUAUUACCCCUAUAACACCUUAUUACUGAUUUAGAAUGGAUGAAGACGAUCCUAAGGAGUAUCGUUGGGAGACGGGAUAUGAAAAAACUUGGGAGGCUAUUAAAGAAGAUGAUGAUGGCUUUCUUGAGGCUUCUGUCGCAGUCAUUAUUUUACGGGCAAAACGGCGAAGGCAGGCUCAGAAAAAAGGCAACACCAAACUUGGUAUGAUGAGACACUUAUUUCUUAUUUUGGAUUGCUCUGAGUCGAUGUCCAGUCAAGAUCUGAAGCCUACGCGAAUGCUGUGCUCAUUACGGAUUUUGGAAGGUUUCAUAGAAGAAUUUUUUGACCAAAAUCCGAUCAGCCAAAUGGGUAUUAUACUGAUGCAAAACAAGAGAGCUGAAAAAGUUUGCGAGUUAGGAGGCAACUUCCGAAAGCACAUUAAAUAUCUUAGAUCAAUGUCAAAGACUAGUUUACUGGGAGAACCAUCUUUACAAAAUGGUUUAGAAGACGCGUUCUCUUCUUUAAAACUUGUACCGACACACGCCAGUAGAGAAGUUCUCGUUAUCAUGGGAAGCCUAACAACUUGUGAUCCGACUGAUAUUAAUACGACUAUACAGAAAUUUAAACAGGAAGGAAUUAGAUGCUCAAUAAUUGGUCUGGCAGCAGAAGUUCAUAUUUGCAGAACUUUAGCCAAUGAGACCAAAGGCACGUACAAUAUAAUUUUGGAUGAUAGCCAUUAUAAAGACUUACUAUAUCAGCAAGUCGAACCACCACCAGCAGCCGUAGCUCUGGAAGCGAGCUUAAUUAAAAUGGGAUUUCCACAUCAGAUGAACACUGAAGGAACGGACGAACCACUCACAAUAUGUAUGUGUCAUGUGGAUAGUACAGAGGAAGGCAAAUUAACCACGGGUGGGUAUUACUGCCCUCAGUGUUUAAGCAAGUAUUGCGAAUUGCCAGUGGAAUGUCGAGCGUGUGGGUUAACUUUGGUAUCUGCUCCACAUUUAGCAAGAUCUUACCAUCACCUAUUUCCCCCAGCAAACUUUGAGGAAAUGCAAUUCGAUAAACAAGUCACGACUUGUUAUGCCUGCCAAAAAACUUUUAAUGAUGGUGAUAAACAGGUUUACCAGUGCCCGACAUGUAAGAGAAUGUUUUGUAUUGAUUGCGAUAUUUUCAUACAUGAUACGCUGCAUACAUGUCCAGGAUGUGCCACUAAUUUAUCCACAUUUCAACUGAUACAAAGCUGAAUACUUAUGAAUAUAGGUAACCUCAUUGAAUGAAGACACGUGUCUAAAUAUUUGCAUUAUAGAUUAAUGUAAUCUAAGAUUUUUUCAUAAACUUAUUAAAUAAAAUAAAUUUUAAAACAA